AUGCAUUUUGUCAUCAACAUUUUCCUCAUAAAUAUAAAUUGGUAUUUUCCUUAUAAUCUGUUAGGAGAUAAUAUGGAUCAAGAAUACGAUCACCUUUUCAAGAUUUUAAUUAUCGGUGACAGUUCAGUUGGCAAAACUUCAGUGCUUUUAAGAUUUGUAGACGACAUGUACAGCCCAGAAUUCCAGACAACAAUAGGGGUUGACUUCAAAAUAGCGAAUCUAAAUGUAUUCUCUAUACAAUAAGCUUUAUAUUCCAAAAUAAGCGUAUAGUUUUGAGUAUAAAAAUGGAAAAUCUAGCUUAGAAGAGUAGUAUAAAUGGAAAAGUCAUCAAACUUCAGCUCUGGGAUACAGCUGGACAAGAUAGAUUUAGAAAUAUUGUUGCUUCCUAUUAUAGAGGAGCUCAAGGUAUAAUGCUUAUGUAUGAUAUUACAAAUCCUACCAGCUUCCAAAAUAUUACACGUUGGCAUGAAGAAGCUCAAGGCUAUUUGCAGAGCUCAGUCCCGAAGCUUUUGAUCGGAAACAAAAGUGAUUUAUCUCAUCAAAGACAAGUGAAGCAAGACGAAGCUCAACAACUUGCAGAAAGACUUGGGAUGGAUUAUAUAUAUUCUCUUUAUAAUUAAAUAAAAUUGAUAUUUCCAUCCUAAUAAAAUAAUUUUUUAAAAAUAAAAUAUUUAAAAAUUAAUAUAUUUCGAGAACAGCUAUGGCUCGACCUUGAAUUCCCCUCACCAUAUUACAGUUUCAUUCUCAAUAAAUAGGUAAAGAAAAUGGUAAGUCAUCAUUAUGAAUUGAGAUUUUUUCUGUUUUUCAUCUAAACUGAAAUUGUUAGGGGAUAGGGUGAGGAAAGGGGGAGUCAAGAUCUAUCUAUAACCUUGCUUACUCUAUAUAUUAAAGUAUAGAAACUUCAGCAAAAAGCUCUCAGAAUGUCAAACAAGCCUUCGAAAAUAUGUCCAAAAAAAUCCUAUCAACAGUCUCCGCCACCAGACCCACAAGCACCAGUUACGCUCCCACCUCAACACGUGUUACCUCAGGAACUUCAAUUGCAAAGACUGGAGGUUGCUGCGGGUAG